AACGGCCCGAAAGUGUAGGAGGUAGGUAUCUAAAAUUGGCCGGAACCUACCCAGGUAUGUAACAACAAAUGCAGGUAACAGCCUCGUCUCGAAAACGUACAUCCUAUGUGUAUACCCUCAAGUUAGUUCCUGAUGACGUCCAUAGUUUAACUCGAUGGAAUUAUUCCUAUUAGUGAUGGUCUGCCCUAACCUGUCAGUAGAACAUUUAGGCUAGCUUAACUCCCCUUAAGAUCCCGUCUGCUUUCUAGAUGUCCUUCACCUUCAUUUUCCUCAAUACCAGACCUACCACAUCGUCGAUCUAGAUUUGAUUCGCUAUCACAACCAUUGUCAUGCAAUCAGAGAAGGUUUCUGGCUCAAGCAGCCAUCUUUACAACAUAGGCUCAGCUGCCGGCUCGGACAAGGAAAACGGUAUUUUCCUGGAAACCGAUUUGAGCCAACAGGUAGACAUACAAAAAUGCCAGAAUGAAACUGUGUAUCUCGAGGGUGCUCGGUUCUGGUUGAUGUCUAUGUCUAUGGCUAUCAUGAUGUUCAUGACGAAUCUCGAAGUUCCUGUGGUCACGACGGCUUUGGUUGCCGUCACGAAUGACUUACAAGGCUUCGACAUCUCGGGCUGGAUUCUCUCCAGUUACCUCCUAGGUUAUGUUGCUGUCAUUGUGAUUUGCGCCAAGUUCAGCGAUAUUCUCGGUCGUAAAUUUAUCUUCCUCUUAUCUACUGCAAUUUUCAUCAUCUUUUCCGCCGCUUGCAGUGCCUCGCAAACUAUGAUACAGUUGAUUGUCUUCCGGGCAUUUCAAGGCAUAGGUGGCGGGGGUUGCUUCUCGCUUUGCACUAUUAUGGUAAUCGAGAUCGUCCCCCCUGAGAAAUAUACAAAAUAUGUGGCAAAUAUCUCUAUCGUCAACGCUCUAGCACUACUAGCGGGUCCCAUCAUCGGCGGUGCCAUUGCCGCUCGAACUAACUGGAGAUGGAUUUUCAUAAUCAACGUCCCCAUAUCGUUUCUGGCUUUCUUUAUAGCAUUUGUAGCAAUUCCUAAUGACUUCCCAUACCAAAACCAGCCUAAUUUCCAGCAAAAGGGCAUCAAAGAGAUAUUCUCCAGAGCUACAUUCGGGCGUGUAGAUAUGCCCGGGACUAUCCUGAUAUUAUUCGCAACCGUGGCUCUGACAGCGGCGUUCGAGGAGGCUGACGAACUGUUCCCAUGGAAGUCUGCGUACUUUAUCACGCUGCUGGUUGCAUCUGUCGUCUUUUGGGUUGCUCUGCUCUUGUGGGAGCGCUAUGUUGCGCUCUCUAACAAGGCUCGAGAACCAAUCUUGCCAUGGGCAUUCUUUACUAACCGCCAAAUGAUGGGAAUACUUUUGAACUUCGUUUUCCUAGGUGGUCCUGCGAUCAUCAGCAUGCUUCUUAUCCCGCAGCGCUUCCAAUUAAUUUACGGCACGUCUAGUCUUAACGCCGGAGUCUACUUGAUUCCUUUCACCAUAGCGCUGCCUGCUGGAACCAUUUUUGCGUCAAGUAUUGCUGGCCGGCUCAAAGUUCCGCCAAUAUACAUGCUCCUAACCGGUUCAUGUCUCCAAGUAAUCGGCUUUGCUCUAUUAAGUACGUUGCCUUCUACACUGGACAUCCCGCCACGGAUAUACGGAUUCGAAUUUAUCAGCGGAUGGGGUUGUGGGAUGAACUUCUCGUUACUCUUUGUGUUGAUUCCAUUUGUAAACGAGAAACAGUAUCAUGCUGUAGGAAUGGGGGCCGGAGCCCAAUUUCGAAUGAUCGGAAGUGCCAUUAUCCUCUCUAUUGCAACAUCCGUCUACAAUGGCUACGCGCGACAUCAGCUUCAAGAUAUUCUAGGCGUCUCAGACACAAAUGCCCUAACACAGAUGGACACGUUCCCGCAGGGGCUGCAGGAGCAGAUCCGGUAUGCGCUCACAGAGGCGUACAAUCGACAGAAUCUUGUCUUGUGCGCUUCGGCCGCGUUUCAAAUUCCAGCUUCCCUACUUAUGUGGAAGAAGAAACAAAUUGUCGUCUAAGUGUCCUUCUGUUCAUGUCUCGAUAGACACGCGGUUAAGUAGGGUGCGCAAUCGGACUUAUGCUACAUGGUCAGGUAUAUGUAAGUUAGAUCAGAGUACUUCCUUUGGUGGAUUGAUCAGGAUUAGGUGUUUGAAUGCGAUGGGCUUCUUGAUGUAGUGGAUCGAUGGCAUGCAGCACAAAUAUAGGUUCCAUAUCAUUGAUACUGAAGUUUAAGCUAUGUGACACUGAUCCGUGGUCUUGACAACAUUUCACCUUUGCUAGCGUUGACUCUAGCGAUUAUGCUAAAG